CAAUCAUGCACCUUAUCAAAGUCUAUUACACCAAGAAAUUUCAGGUUUUUACUCUAAGCUGGUGUUUAAAUUGUCACAAUCUUGUCAUUGUUAAAUCAACACUCAAAGUGUCAAAAUAAAUCUGCUCAGUGUUGAAUACAACGUCAUUUAGCUGAUGCUUUUAUAAAAAGCAACCCAUGUUGCAUUUCUAACUAAUGGGGUUUACAUUUUAGCCCAGCGAGUAAUUAAGGGUUAUGUGUAUUGCUCAGGGAGUGAGACACUGUGCAGUUACAUUUCAAUCCUAUCAAAGAGUUCAUUUAUCUCUACUAAGCGCUGCAAAUUAAUCUGAUCUUGAGGGGGGAUUUUUGCUGUGUACAUUUUUGUUCUCCAGUAAAGAGAAUAAGACGAGUGAGUCCAGCAGAGUCCAUCAAACAUCGCCACACAACAUGAUCUUCAUCUUCUUCAUUAUCUUUCUUCCAGGAGUUCGACACCAGGAGUCCCAGAAGGACCCGUGCCUCGAUGCCUUCUGUAAUCCACAGCUCGGUGACUUAAUGGUGGGUCGAUCGACUCAGUUGUCGGCCACUUCCACCUGUGGUCUGGAUGGACCACAGAACUACUGCAUCAUUGGAUACCUGGAGGGGGAGCAGAAAUGUUUUACAUGUGACUCUCGUCUGCCCUACGAUCGCUAUGGCAAUGCUGACAGCCACCGCAUUGAGAAUAUCAUCACAACCUUUGACCCUGAAGGAAAAACAAAGUGGUGGCAGUCUGAGAAUGGAGUUCAUGAGGUCAGCAUCCAGCUUGAUCUGGAGACAGUGUUUCAGUUCAGUCAUCUGGUCCUCACCUUCAAGAGUUUCCGUCCGGCGGCCAUGUUGGUGGAGCGAUCAAAAGAUUUUGGACAAAACUGGAAGGUCAUUCGUUACUUUGCAGAAGAUUGUUCAUUGUGGUUCCCUUCGGUUUCCAAGAGGCCAGCUGGUAGCAUCGAUGACGUUGUCUGUGACAGCAGAUACUCCGGAUCAGAUCCAUCCACCAAUGGAGAGGUGGUGCUGAAAGCUCUCGAUCCUAUCUUUGAAUUAGGAAACCCAUAUGCAACAAAUAUCCAAGAUCUAAUCACAGUGACAAAUAUCCGGGUUAACUUCACUGGUCUCUUCACGUUGGGCGACACUCUGCUGGGUCGAAGACGCAGGAACCCUCAGGACAAAUAUUACUACGCUCUUUACAACAUGGUGGUCAAAGGCCACUGCUUCUGUAAUGGACAUGCCAGCCGGUGCACACCUGUGGACGGAAGACGAGGAGACGUCUUCGCCCAGACCGCCAUGAUUCACGGCAGAUGUGUUUGUCAGCAUAACACAGCUGGAGAGAACUGCGAGAGAUGUCAGGACUUUCACCACGACUCCCCCUGGAGGCCUGGAUGGGAAAACCCUGCCAACACCUGCAGGAGAUGCAACUGCAACGGUCACUCGGACGCUUGUCACUUCGAUGCUUCUCGUUUUGAAGCGACAGGCGGGCUGAGCGGCGGCAUAUGUGAGGACUGCCGACAUCACAGGAUGGGUUCUCAGUGUGAGAGCUGUGGGCCAUUUCACUAUCAGGAUCCUCAGAGGGCAACAGACGACCCACAAGCCUGCAUACCUUGUGACUGCGACCCAGUCGGUUCGGAGGGAGGUGGAUUGUGUGACGCUCUGACCGGCCGAUGUGUCUGUAAACAAAACGUGGGCGGUCCCCGCUGCGAUGAAUGCAAAGUCGGCUUCUUCAGUUUGAGAGAGGACAACCUUGCCGGCUGUGAGGUGUGCAGGUGCCAUGUUUUGGGAAGUCUUGGCUCAUGUGAUAAGCUGACAGGAAAUUGUGUCUGUGACCAUUUGGCCAGUGGCCCUCAGUGUGAUCAAUGUCUGGCCGGUUUCUGGGGUUUAGGGACCUCGGGGUUCAGAUGUUCACCUUGUGACUGUGAUCCUGGAGGCGCUCACAGCAACAUGUGUUCUCCACAGGAUGGACAGUGUCACUGUUUACCCAACAUGGGGGGGCAGCGCUGCUCUGACCCUGCCCCUGGCUUCUUCUUACCUUCACUGGACUACUUCUUGUAUGAGGCGGAGCUCGCUGCACCGCUGCAUAGUGGAAGCUCUUCUUUUCCUACUACUACUCCACCACCGUCAUCAUCUCGUCUGGUAGAUCCUGUUGUUGUACCUCAGUGUAAGAAGUAUUAUAGAGAGCAAGGUUACGACUUUAACUACACUAACGGGAGAGUCAUUCUGGUUCGGAGGACUCGGCGCUUCGCCAUCCACAGAAGACGGCGACAGCAGAACAGUCUUCCUCUGGACCCGGGUCAUGCCCUGCAGAUCAUUCCACGUCAGAGGAAUGAUUAUCAAUCUCUCACUUGGACUGGAUUGGGAUUGGUCAGAGUGUUGGAUGGGGCCGGGCUUAGGUUCACUGUGGACAACCUCCCAUCAUCUCUGGAUUACCAGCUGGUAAUUCAUUAUGAGCCAGAGUCUUCGUCUGAUUGGCUUGCUUCAGUCAGCAUCAUCGAGGCGACACCGGGCGAUGCCGGCUGCAGAAGUGACCCAACAGGAAGUAAAAGUCUGCCUCUUCCUGGAAGAUCCAGAAGAGGGGUUCUGGACUCUCCAGUGUGUCUAACCAGAGGCAGUCGGUACUUUGUCGACGUGGUCUUUAACAAACAUUCUGGAUCAGAUGGGUUCGACGCACACAUACUAGUUGACUCGAUCGGUCUGAUUCCAAGCAUCGAGGCUGUUCAAGAUUUCUGCUCCCAGAGAGACGUUGAAUCCUUACGUCAUUUUCACUGCAUUGGAUUGGCUGUUGAACUCCAACCGGAGGAGUCACUGCCAAAAGUUUGUGAGGGAAUCACAAAGAGCCUUUCGGCACAGAUACACAAUGGAGCUCUCCCUUGCAGAUGUAAUCCUGAUGGCUCUGUCGGGCCGCUCUGCAGUGAAGUGGGAGGGUUCUGUGAAUGUAAACCCAACGUGAUUGGCCGUUGCUGUGAUACCUGUGCAACAUUGACGUUUGGUUUUGGUCCUGAUGGUUGCAAACCAUGUGAGUGUGACCCCCGGGGAUCCCUGUCAGAGCUUUGCGAGCAGGUCAGAGGUCAAUGUGUUUGUCGGUCAGAGUUGACUGGUCGACGUUGUGAUCGCUGCCACACGGCCUUCUGGGAUUUCCCUUCCUGUCGACCAUGUGAAUGUAACAACCUGUCAGAUGUGUGUGAUGAACACACUGGAGAGUGCCUUAACUGCAGGGAGCACGCCACGGGAGAUAUGUGUGAAAGAUGUGUCGAGGGUUACUAUGGUAACCCGGUCUCCGGACAGCCAUGUCAGCCCUGCCUGUGUCCAGAAGUCCCAAACAGUAAACAAUUCUUUGCUACUUCAUGCAAACAAGACCCACAAUCCCUCACUCUCAUCUGUAAAUGCAGGGAGGGACACACAGGUCCUCGCUGUGACAGAUGCAGUCCCGGUUUCUAUGGCAAUCUUGAGUUGCCAGGGAACAGUUGUAAGCAGUGUCCCUGCAACAACAACAUCAACCCAGGGGACCGCGAUGCAUGCAACAGCCUGACUGGAGAAUGUCAGCGCUGCCUCUACAACACGAUGGGACCACGGUGCCAGGACUGCAAACCUGGAUACUACGGCGACGCCAUGGGCCAAGCAUGCAAAGAGUGCGCCUGUGACCGGCGGGGGACGGUGGUGACUCAGUGUCCUCUUGGGAGUCCUUGUUUCUGUAACUCAAAGACGGGACAGUGUCCCUGCAGGACAGGGGUGCUUGGCAUCCUUUGUGACGAGUGUGCAGAUGGAUACUGGAACCUGGAGGGAGCAUCUGGGUGUCAGGCCUGCAGCUGUGACUUUGUUAACUCCUUCUCCAACAUCUGCAACAAGGUGACGGGACAGUGUCCAUGUCGUCCUGAGUUUGGAGGAAGGCAGUGUGACGAAUGUGGAGAAAAUCAUUUUGGGAAUCCAGACCUGCAGUGUAUCUCUUGUGACUGUAACGUUGAGGGAACUGAGCGUCCGUCAUGUCACCCUGAAACCGGCGAGUGCAUCUGUCGGGUCGGAGUCUUCGGUAUCUUCUGUGAUGAGUGCGCCCCAGGAUAUAACUCAGAGUUCCCGGCAUGCAACGAGUGCCACCCCUGCACCGCUCUGUGGACUGGAGACGUGACUGAUGUGCAGCGAACUGCCGUGAGGAUAAGAACGUUCCUGCCUCCUAAUGGCUAUGGCAACAUGUUGCCCGACCAUCUACAACAAAUGCUGAAUAUGCACUCCGAGUUGGAAAGCCUCGCCGAACUGAAGGGACUCUCUCAUCCAAAGCUGGAGAAGCUGGAGAAACUAUGUGCAAAAAUGAGGAAGCUGAAAGACGGCAUAGACCCAAAUGUGAUCCUUAUUGACCCGUCCCCUCUCCUUAACACUGAAAUCAACCUCAUUCGUCUGGAGUUCAAGAACCUGGUUGCCAAAGUAAAAGCGAAACUCAUCGAGAACUCGGAAAACAAAGUUGAAUACCCGGAAGAACGGCUGGAUGAAAUCCAGAAGCUUCAUGAAGUCUUUAUGUUGGAUGAGAUGAGAGUGAGAAAUGGCAACAAAGCCGUCGAGGACUCAAAGGACACCAGGCAGGAAGUUAAACAUGAAUUGAGCAUGUGCAGCAGCAAAGGAGACAUGGUGCCACUGGAAAAGAAGAUCCAACAGCUAAGCAUGGUCCAUCUAAAAAAAAUGAUCUGUGGAGGACCAGGCGUGGAGGGCUGUUCUGGAUGUGGUGAAGCUCUGUGUGGAGAAAUGAAAUGUGGAGGUCCAAACUGUGAAGGAGUCCUUCCAAUCAGUCAGAAAGCUGUAGGUACAGCAGAUAGAGCAAAGGAGCGUCUCAUCACACUCUCAUCCAGUAUGGAGUUGUCAAAGAACAAGAUCAAUGAUGCACAGCGACAAGCUCAGGACACCAGAGACCAGGGAAAAAACCUCCAUGAUUGUGUCAAGAAAAACAUGGACUCUGUCAAGAGUGAGAAAAAUAAAACCAAAGGGCUCAUCCAGCAAGUCAAAGACUACCUAAUAGAUGACAUGGUUCCUCCUGAGGAUAUUGACAAAAUGGCCAAAGCUGUUCUGGAUAUGCAGCUGCCAAAAUCACCAGAUCAGAUCCGAUCAAUGAUCAAUGACAUCAAUAAUCUGCUGUCCAAUGCGACCACUUCCCCAAAGAACCUGGACAAUCACACCAAGGAUGCCCAGACUCUCGUGUACAAAGCUCAGGAAGUCAAGGAGUGGACAAGAAACAUUCAUGUGAAAGAGAUCAGCAGAGAUAUUUAUAAAGCAGAGGAAGCUCAGUCCAAAGCCAACAACAACCUGGACACAGGCAGCCAAGACAAAGACGUGGCAAAAGACCGAAUCAAAGACAUUAAAAACCAACUAGACAACAUCGAGGCAAAGCUGAUGAGUCCUCUACCUGAAAGUUUGAAGGACAAGAUCGAUGCACUGAGGAGGACAACUGAACACAACAGAGACACGGCCAGAAGGGCCCAAGAGGCUGCAGAUUCUGCUUUCCAACAGACUACUGACACAGAACUAGAGUUGGGUGACAUGAUAAGGCUGUUUGAGCUUUUAAAGCAGAAGACAUCCAAUCAGACGGCGGCAGAACGACUGACAAAGUUGAUGGAAGAGGCCGAGAAGAUAAAGGAACAGGUGGAGGAAAGACUCCUACAGCUAUUCGAUAUGGAGGAGAAGAUCCAGCAGUUGAUCCAGAAUAAAGAAGACAAAGAAUCUGAAGUUGCCAUGUUGUUAAAAAUUGUGGAUUCACUUCAACAGGAGAUUGCUAAACGAGCCGAGGGAUACUCCAUCUGUACCUCCUAAAAACUACUGCAAACUAUAUACUGUAAAACAGCACCAUCAAUACUACUGAUGAGUACAUAGUCAAACACAGGUCCUCAUAAGUACUAUUGAGGACGCCAUGAUUUAUUAAAUAAAAUACAUUUUCCUUGAUGCCUCUCUAAAAACUGUAAAUGAUUUGAGUUCUUUUGAUAGUUUGACAAUAUAUCCGUUGUUAGGUUAUGAGUUAUUAGAUUUUAAAAUACUUAGUUAAAAAUGUGUCUGUGGCUCAGAAAUAGAGCUGCUCUUCCUUUCUGUCUGAGUGUGUCUGCGUGGUAGGGACAUGGCUCCAAACUGAGCUCCUCUGGACUCCCUGUUUGCAUCUCACCUCACAAGCUGCCUACAAUCCACUAAUCGCCCUGCAGUAUAUCUCCCCCGGUUCUUCAUCCACUAACAAUCUUGUUGCUUCCGUUUCCCUGGCAAUAAAUGAGUUCCCGCUGCUACUCCCUGGUCUGUCUGCACUUGGGUCCGCCACCACAUGUUGUAACAUGACGAAUUAUUACUUUUGAUCCUUUAUCCUCAUACUUUGUUUGAUAACUGAGUAUCUAACAAGCCAUCUUGUAAAGGUGCUUCUUUCACCUUUAGCAAAGGAAAGGCGCUUUAAUGCCUCCUUUCUCUUUUAGCACAAGAACGGUGCUUCAUAUCUUCUUUAGCAAAGGGAAGGUGCUUCUGUGCUUCUUGUCUCCUUUAUUGGAACUUGUUUGUUUGAGCAUGUGUGUUUUUGUGUUUUUUUGUGGUAAUGCUCUGCUCAUUCUCUCAUUCUCUGCUCAGCUACUCUUUAAAUGGCUAAAAGCAUGCUAUCACUUUCCCAAUCAUCACCCACAAUGCAACAGGGGAUGCAAUCAAAUAAAUAUGCAAAGAAAGACCUCAAUGAGUCUUCAGAUAUUCAGGUAGGGGUUGGAUUCCACAACACACCCUUCCCCCCAAAAACAC